GGCGCGCGUGGGUUCCGCUGCGGCUGUGUCCUGCGCGCGGACUUGCUUCCCCGUUUGUGCAACGCGAUCGAGGGCUAGGUUGAGGCGGAGCUGAUCUGGAAGUCUCUCAUUGGCCACUGUCCUUUCUAAAGAAGUCACUUGCCUUCCAGAGUCCACCUGCCUGAGCUGCUGGGGACUCUUCGUGAGCCGAGAGAAUGGCCCUCUUCAGGCAGCUGUCCCUGGGUUCCAAGGCUGCCCUGGCGGCAGCCACUGUCUUCAUGUCCAUGAUCCUCUCCCGCUCCUUUCUGGCUGAGGCCCUUGAACUGCAGGCCUGGCGCUGGCUGUUCCGCCUGCAGCUGGCCCUGUUUGUCAACUCGCUCAUGCUCAUUGGUUCCUUGUACAUCUGGCGGAGCACCGUAAGCAACCUCAGCCAUUCCCCUGCCAUGGAAUCGACCUGUUUCCAGCUUUGGAAGCUGGUUGUCCUGGCAUUCCUGGCCCUGGCCCAUUCCAGUUUCUUCACCAUGCUCUUCUUGGUGGCCGAGGAACCUUACGUGUUUUCCUUAGCAGCCUACUCCUGCCUGGGUGCGUACAUCAUCAUGGUUUUCUUCCUUUGUAUCUUGAACGCCAUGGAGCAGGCCUACCAGUUCUUAGCCUGGCGCAGCGGUAGGGUGGUGGGCAGCCUUGACAAGACAAGGCACCUGGUGCUUAGGCCUGCCCUGGCCGUGGCAGUGACAGCUGUGCUCAGUACCGUUGGCCUUCUGAACGCUGCCCAGCCCCCAGUGGUGAAAACCGUGGAGGUGCCCAUCCAUCAGCUACCCCCCUCUUUGAAUAACCUCAAGAUAGUGCUCCUUUCGGACAUUCACUUGGGGCCCACAGUGGGCAGGACCAAGAUGGAGAUGUUUGUGAGGAUGGUGAACACGCUAGAGCCAGACAUCACAGUGAUCGUGGGGGACCUCUCUGAUUCGGAAGCCUCCGUCCUGCAGACAGCAGUUGCUCCUUUGGGCCAGCUCCGUUCCCGUCUUGGCACCUACUUCGUCACAGGUAACCACGAGUACUACACUUCAGAUGUCAGCAACUGGUUCACCCUGCUGGAAUCCUUGCAUGUUCGGCCUCUGCAUAAUGAGAACGUGAAGAUUUCCGCCCCCAGGGACCAGGACGGCCGUGGGGCCGACACGGAGUGGGUCUGCUUGGCGGGCGUGGAUGACAUAGAAGCAGACAUCCUUCACUACUCGGGCCAUGGCAUGGACCUUGACAAGGCUCUGGAGGGCUGCAGCCCAGAUGGUGCCACCAUCUUGCUGGCUCACCAGCCUCUGGCUGCCAAGAGGGCCCUCCAGGCACGGCCAGAUAUAAACUUGAUCCUUUCCGGACACACUCACGCCGGGCAGAUCUUCCCCUGGAAUGUUGCAGCCUAUCUCCUGAACCCUUUCUUUGCUGGUCUCUACCAAGUGGGCCAGGCUACAUUUGUGUACGUCAGUCCGGGCACAGCCUACUAUGGGAUACCCAUGAGGUUGGGGAGCAGGGCAGAAAUCACAGAACUCAUCCUGUGGCGGGCUCCCUAAGCCUGCCCCAGCGGCCCUGCCCUGCCUUGUCCUUGCUCAGCACCUUCAUCCAUCUCCUGCUCCGGCCCUGCCCAGCACAGCACCCUUUGGCCCCAGCCUGCUGGGUUCAGCAAUUUGCAGUGGAGCUGCCUGGCAAGUUCAGGCUGGUUGAACUCUUCAGAAAAUCCAUUGCUUUUUGGUAGUUCACCUGUGAGUCCACUCACUUGGCCACGUAAAUGCGAACACGCGUUUGUUUUUCAACUGCGGUAGAGAAGGGCCCUUGUGCAGACGGUGGCGUGGUGGGAAAGGACACCUCUUGCUCAGACCCAGGGAGGAGCAAGAACGCUUGUCUCCUGCGGGUUUAACCCUGGUUAGGACUUGGGUGGGUUCUGAAGUUUCUUGGUCUAGAGACAGUUGGUUUGGGCAGGGACCAGGUUGAGGUCAGGUGACCUUCCCUCUGCUUGCCAGAGGAGGGUAACCCUUCCCUCCUCUGUGCACCAAGUUCACCUUUGUUGACAUCAGCAGAAUCACCAGAGCACAGGGCCCUUCCUGUCUGGACCUUGAGGGGUUCUGAUUGCUUGGCUUGGUGGCUGGAGAAGAAGUCUUGGGAGUCGUGGUGGGUGAUGACUCCGCGGUCUCUUGAGAUCUCCGCGGCUCUGAACCCUGCUUCUGUGUCCUCUUGGAUGCAGAAACCAAGGAUAAUAAGGACAGGCUGCUUCUGUGUUCAGGGUGAGGAAGGGACACGGGAUGUGAUAGGGUGUGUUUGAAGGCUGGGAGUGUGACGCGGUACCAGAGCGCUUGUCUAGUUGGAACUCAAAUGUGCCCGGCUUUGAGUUACAAAACAAAACUAUAUGUAAGGUAGAGAGAGAGAGAGUACGUGUGUGUGCGCGCACGCAUGUGCAUACAUACAUGCGAAGAGGGAGAUAAGUCCUUCUAAAAGUUCAUUUUAUGGCCCGAUGGUUAAGAAGCUUUAUUGGUCAUGGUGAAUGCAGGAUUCUAAGCACAGAUAAACAUUAAACAAGACCCUAGAGCCCAUGUUCCCCUCGGUGGUUUGUGAGUUUGAGGCUGGCUUCAGUUCAUUCAUAGCUAGAUGGGGGGAGGCCAUCUGUUGAAUGAGUCAGGAGAUUGGAAC